AUGGAAGAGAACAACGUAAAGGUACAGGUUUGUUCCUUGCUACAAUAUUUGUUCAUGUUACAAGAUUUUGACUUUGAUGUAAACUUCUCGAUUCAAUUCUUUUCAGUUGGCGGACUCUGAAAAAGAGCACUUUUUGUUGCGUCCACAGGUUUCAAGAUCUACCGAUUCUCAAAAAACCGAGACUUCAAUCUGGAAAAAGAAAAAGCAAAGUUUCACCAAAGUUAUCACCAGUUCGCCUUUGUUGAAAAAUGAGUGAGAACAACUUUUCUUUUCAACUUCAGAUUGGACGUUUCAGGCGAUUCAAAUUCGUCCUAUUUUUGUUUUGCUGUAUUCUUGCCCUACUACUGGUGAUUUUAUUGAUCUCAUACAUUUUCAAGGUGGGGUGAUACACAAUGAUAGAUGAAUUGUACCAAAGCUUUCAUCUACGGCGAAAAGAUAACAUCAGUUUUGCAGCGGUCUCCCGUCUCCAAGGAGGCUACGGUAGGAAAUGCCGAAGGACUCUUUUCUCAUCCGCCGCCAACCGUUGCCAUGAGAACCUUAGAACCAAGCUACAGUAGACCCCGGCUCAUGUCAUCAUCUACUCAAACACCGUUUCCCGUUGAAAAUCCCACUGAGAGAACUUCGACUGUUUCAAAUCCAGUUCAAACAACGGAGAUUACUUCGACUCUCGUUACAACCAAUACGGAGGACCCGCUUCCUGUCUGGAUGGAGUCGGAUUUCUCACCUCUCGCCGAGGAGAACACCUUCCGUGCGAAAGUGACCAAACCUUACGACAACAGUGAAAAGGUGUGAUUCAAAUCUAGCGUGAAAUUCGAGGAGACUUACAAACGAAUAAUCUAUUUACUGCAUGAAUUGAUCUGAAAAAAAGUGGUUUUUAUAAUUUUUUUGACGUGGUUGACAACAUAAGAAUAGAAAAACAAAAAGAGCUGAAUUAAAAAAAAAAAACAACUUCCAAAUUUUUUUUGAACAUUUUCUAGUUAUUCGAGGGUAAAUUCAUUCUUCGACAUUUUCUAAAAAAUUUAAUAAUCGUACUUUAACUUGAAAUCGUAUGGGAAGCCCGGUUUUCAUAAAAACCAAUUAUGGCGAAGAACGGUUUCAAGAUUUUUUCAAUAAAAAAAGCGUUUUGAUGGGAAUUGAUAUUCAGACUUGUAUGGGUUACUACAUAGAAGGAGGGUCUUCUGGAAUUUACGACAUUGAAGCUGAUAAUCAAAAGUUUGAAGCUUUCUGUGACAUGGAAACUUCAGGAGGCGGCUGGACUGUUAUACAAAGGUACUUUAGCUUUUUAUUUUUUUCAUUCAACUUUUCCUUUCCUACAUUGUUCAUGGCUCGAAGUUUAUAAUUUUUUUUCAGACGUUUCAACCGAAAAGAGUACUUUUACAACCGUACUUAUGACGAAUAUGUUGAAGGCUUCGGCUCCGUGGACGGUACUCUGAUUUUAAUCAGAUCAGUUCAUUUUCAAACACUUUUUUCAAGAUUCACACUGGUUGGGACUUGAGAAAAUUAGCAGAAUAGCCCUAUUUUCGGAAGACUACGUCACUCUAAGAGUCGAAUUGUUCGGAGAUUACUGUAGUCACUCAAAAUACUGCAUUGGAAAGCCCUAUGGAUUUUGGUGGGGAGAAUGGAAUUUCAAGGUGAGUCCUAACCAAGAGAUUAUUGGAUGUCUUGAACUUUGAAUUCCAGCUCGGAGAUGAACGCACAAACUACCAAUUGGAUAUAACACCUCCUAUCCAAGGAAACCUCUCAGUCGCUGGAGAUCUAGAAGACUUUUUCUACAAGUACAACAACAAAAUGCCCUUCAGCGCUCUGGAUCGGGACAACGACAAAGAAGAAAUGUUCAGCUGUGCUCAGUUUCGAAACUUCGGGUGGGAAUUACUUCUUUUUGUUCGAAUAACGUCGACUUCCAGAGGCUGGUGGCACAAUAACUGCACUAAGAUCGCCUUGAAUGGACUGUACGGAGACACAAAGGCUGACAGCAGAUAUAUGUUCUACACGAUCGCUGAAAAGUUCGGAAAACACAGAGAAAGACAUUUUUCGAUUCAUCCAGCCAAAUCGAUCAUGAUGAUCCGACCCCGUUAUUAA